GUUUCUCUAAUGUGAAUAAAUAUGGUCCAUUUUUGUUGUUUUGAAAAUACUACAUUCCUAUGAGAUUAAUCAAGUGGUCUCUCUACUCGGUUUUUUGCAUAAAUCCAAAAGGUGCGAAGAUUCCUUCUAAGAAAUAUAAACGACACGCGGUGUUCUCUCUAAUUUAAGAAACGGCACACACGUGAAUUUUAUUUAGCUGAUGGUGGUUAAGUCUUAAAAGAGCCAAUAGUUCGCGGCCCACUUAGGCAUAUUUAGCCCAUUUUUGUUUUACCGACUCAAAUCCAGAAAACAAAACAACAAAAAAAAACCCCGGAGAAUUUGGACGAAGAUAAACUUCUACAGGAAGGAGCCGGUAGAGAAAGUCAUUCAGGAAAAAUUCAGCAGCACCGGAGCGUGUUCGUCAUUUCAAGCUUGAAGAUUGAAGAGUCAAUAUUUUUUUUCAUCGUAGAUCUCGCUGUUCCUCGUCGCGUUGUUUCGUUCCCAAUUGGCCUGAGUUCUGCUAAUUUUUUCAUGGUUGAUGAUUUUGACGUGAAAGUGGUAUAGCAAAAAUGAGUUCAACUGUUUCAAAUCCCCGAGGAAUCUUGCAGUCAGCUGCUUAUGGUGGCCAUGACUCCCGCAGUAACAGCACUUCUGUAUCUUUUGUGCGUCCAGAAUCAGAAUCUAAUGAAAAUGAAGAAGCAGAGUUGGUUUCUGUGUCUUGGAAUCAGGAUUCGGGUUGUUUUGCUGCUGGAACAAGUCAUGGUUUUCGUAUAUACAACUGUGAACCUUUCAAAGAAACUUUCAGGCGUGAGCUGAAGAACGGGGGAUUCAAAAUUGUAGAGAUGCUUUUCCGAAGCAAUAUCUUGGCGCUUGUUGGUGGUGGGCCUAACUCUCAGUACCCUUCAAGUAAAGUACUAAUUUGGGAUGAUCACCAGAGCCGUUGCAUCAGUGAAUUUGCUUUUAGGUCUGAAAUUCGUGCGGUGAAAUUGAGAAGGGACCGGAUUGUUGUUGUUCUUGAACACAAGAUUUAUGUUUACAAUUUUAUGGACCUAAGACUUCUUCAUCAGAUUGAAACUCAAGCAAAUCCAAGAGGGUUAUGUUGCCUUUCCCAUCACUCAAAUACAUCUGUGCUGGCUUGCCCUGGUCUUCAUCGUGGAGAGGUUCGAGUUGAACAUUUUGGCCUAAACAUGGUACAAACCAUAAAUGCACAUGACGCCAGUAUUGCGUGCAUGACCUUGACACUGGAUGGUUUGUUACUCGCAACUGCCAGUACAAAGGGCACACUGAUUAGAAUCUUCAACACAAUGGAUGGAACUCGUCUGCAAGAGGUACGAAGAGGAGUGGACAGAGCAGACAUUUAUAGCAUUGCACUUUCACCAAACGUGCAAUGGCUGGCAGUAUCAAGCGACAAGGGGACUGUUCACAUUUUCUCUCUUAGAGUUAGGGUAGUUGGGGAGGAUUCUCAUUCCACUGAAAAUGCAGCUCUCCUGACACAACAAACAUAUUCUAACUCUCUGCAAGGCCUUGUUUCUCCAGCCACUGGUACCAAUCCCGGUUCGUCAUUAUCGUUUAUGAGAGGUGUACUACCAAAGUAUUUCAGCUCGGAAUGGUCAUUUGCACAGUUCCACGUAUCAGAAGUCACACAAUUCUUCGCAGCAUUUGGUAGUCACAACACGGUUGCUAUUAUCGGCAUGGAUGGAAGUUUCUACAGAUGCAGCUUUGAUCCUGUGAACGGAGGAGAGAUGGUGCAGCUAGAAUAUAUCCGCUUUCUGAAGACAGAAAACCGCCCAAGUUAAGCCAGAUCAGAAUCAUGCUCCGACCAUUCUUCAAAGCCUCUGUACAUAACCAUGUCCAUGUAAAUAGUUUCGGUGAGACUGCAUAAGAUUUGAUUCAUUGCACAGUUGCUACUUCGAGUGACGGACCUGCACUAUUAAAUUGGGACUAUGUACAUAGAGCUACAUAUCAAGAUCCAUCCCCACCAGUUUGCUUCCAAACACUAUUGUCAUGUAAAUUUUCUAAUAACACCAUAAAGAAAGUAAUAACAAUUGAAAAGAAGAAAUAACAGUUUGAUCGAAUUCCCCUCUUGUUUAUUGGGUUUGAGACCUCUUAACAUAUCAAAUACAAAUAAUCUUACUAUACUUCAGAUAAUCUCACAAUGCAGCUAUAUCAGCUCAAUCAAUGGAAAUAGAGAAGUUUGGUUGAGGUAAGUCGAAUCCUCCUGACAAGUAAUCGCCGCCGUAAAGAGCUGCGGCAGCUCCAACUACUGCACCAGCUCCCAAUCCUGCAAGCCCUGGUCCAGGCCUUGCAUAUCCUCUUCCCGCUCCUCCAGGUGAUGGAAUAUUCACAGCGUUCAUUGGUCUCGGCAUGUAUGAAGGCAUGUAGCCUGCGUUCAAAGGCGGUGGUGGCUGCAUUGGUGGAGGAGGGUAGUACGGUUGUUGCAUUUGUGGGUUGGCGUUGUUCAUUGGAGGAUACGGCACUGAGGAGUGGUGGUUAUAUGGCGGAGCUGAGAAUGGGUUUAAAUGGUUUGGCUGGUUCGGUGGAGCAAAUGGAUCCUGCGAUGAGCCGGCCAUGUAAUUUUGCCCUGAAGUGUUGUUUUUGAGCAUGAUUCCUCCAAAAUCUCCUGUGCAAAACCCCCAAAAUCCUCUCCUUCUGCAAAUAUACGGAUCGACACAUCGACAAAACCUUGAGGCUUGCUUGAAUUCGUCUUCCUAAGCUGAUAGCUUCCAGUUUCUUCAAUUACAGAUUUCGAAGAACUCUGUUUCUUAUACUUAUCCAGAAAAUCCUUCAAGGAAACCGUAGCAGAGCCAUGAAGCUUCCUCCUUAAGAAGAUGGGUUCUCUGCUAUGAACCUCGACGUGCAAAGCCGAUUUCGAAUCCUCAAACCCCGAGUCAUCAUCGAGCAGAGCAGAAAACUUUGUUCCCCAAACAGGAUUGUCUGAUCUCGAAGCAUCGAUUGUGGUGCAGUACAUGUCUUCUGGAUCAAUCCACCCAACGGCGUACCAUUGGUGUUUCAGUAGCGAGGAUCCGAAUCCGAAUCCAACACGGAGCCCUCGAGCUGAUAACAAACAGACUUCAACGACGAUUUUCCCCAUUGAUUUGGAUUCCCAACUCACGAGAAGAUUAAAGUUUGAAACUUUUUAGAAAUCCUGGGUCGGGUUCUUGUUCCGCCAAUGGACUGAAAGAGUGAAAGGGAAAGAGAAAAAGAAAAACAGAGAAACGUCGGAUUUCGGACACUCUUUAAU